AUGGAGUGGGUUUCGUGUCCGUGCUGGGGAACCAACGACGAUGAAAACGCCGGCGAGGUGGCGGACCGAGAUCCCGUCCUCCUCGUCUCCGGCAUGGGAGGCUCGAUUCUGCAUUCUAAGAAGAAGAACUCCAAGUCCGAAAUCCGGGUUUGGGUCCGAAUAUUUCUAGCAAACCUUGCCUUCAGACAGAGCCUCUGGUCUCUCUAUAAUCCCAAAACCGGCUAUACUGAACCAUUGGAUGAUAAUAUUGAAAUUUUGGUCCCUGAUGAUGACCAUGGACUCUAUGCAAUUGACAUUCUAGAUCCAUCCUGGUUUGUAAAGCUUUGUCACUUGACGGAGGUGUAUCACUUUCACGAUAUGAUAGAGAUGCUUGUUGGAUGUGGUUAUAAGAAGGGGACUACAUUAUUUGGAUACGGUUACGAUUUCCGGCAAAGCAAUAGGAUCGAUCAACUUAUACUAGGCCUCAAAAAGAAGCUGGAAACUGCGUAUAAACGUUCAGGGGAGAGAAAAGUCACUAUCAUCUCUCAUUCAAUGGGAGGACUUAUGGUUUCGUGUUUCAUGUAUCUCUACCCCGAGGUUUUCUCCAAGUAUGUCAAUAAAUGGAUUACAAUUGCAACACCUUUCCAAGGAGCUCCAGGGUGCAUCAAUGAUUCACUUUUGACUGGAGUGCAAUUUGUGGAAGGCUUAGAAAGCUUCUUUUUUGUGUCACGAUGGACCAUGCACCAACUGUUGGUUGAGUGCCCAUCGAUAUAUGAGAUGAUGGGAAAUCCAGAUUUUAAGUGGAGAAAACAACCAGAGAUUCGAGUUUGGCGUAAGAAAUCUGAAAACGACGGUACUUCUGUAGAACUGGAAUCAUUUGGUCUAGCCGAGAGCAUUGGUCUGUUCAACGACGCAUUGAAGAAUAAUGAGCUAAGCUAUGGUGGAGAUAAAAUAGCUUUACCCUUUAAUUUUUCUAUACUUGACUGGGCGAGUAAGACGAGAGAAAUUCUCAACAAAGCGCAGCUUCCUGAUGGAGUUUCCUUUUAUAACAUUUAUGGAGUGGCACAGGAUACUCCCUUCGAUGUUUGUUAUGGCACAGAGACUUCUCCAAUCGAGGAUUUGUCUGAAAUAUGUCAAACUAUGCCUGAGUAUACAUAUUUAGAUGGGGAUGGAACUGUACUAGCUGAAUCAGCCGUGGCUGCUCAGUUUAAAGCAGUUGCGAGUGUAGGAGUCUCCGGUACUCAUCGAGGGCUUCUCCAUGAUAAAAGAGUGUUUGAGCUCAUCCAACAAUGGCUUGGAGUUGAGCCCAAGAAGGCUAAACGGAAGCUCUUCAGGACUCGCAAAGUUGUUGAUGCUGGUUAA